AUACAAACACAUUCUUCACAUAGGCAACGAUGGCAGAAACCACGCAGAGGAAAUGGCAUGUGUUUCCGAGCAAGGAUGAAUUGUCGGUAGCAAUGGCUAAGUACACUGCCCAUCUCUCGGAGAAGUUCUGCAAGGAGAAGGGUAUUUUCACUGUUGUCCUCUCCGGUGGUGGCCUCAUCGACUGGCUCUGCAAGUUGUUGGAAGCUCCUUACAAAGAUUCAAUCGAAUGGUCAAAGUGGCACGUCUUUUGGGUCGACGAGAGGGUUUGUUCUUAUGAAGAUCCAGACAGCAACUACAAACUCGCCAUGGAUGGUUUUCUAUCCAAGGUUGGGAUUCCUAAUGAGAACAUCCAUGCAAUCGACAAACACUAUGCCGCUGAUGGUGACGCGGAGCACUGCGCGGCGCUCUACGAGGAGUGCUUGAGGAACCUGGUGAAGGAAAAGAUACUCCCACUAUGUCCAAGUGGCAAGUAUCCUCAGUUCGAUCUGCAGCUUCUAGGGAUGGGUCCUGAUGGCCACAUGGCGUCUCUCUUCCCGGGACAUCCACAGAUCAAUGUCAAGGACAAAUGGGUCACUCACAUUACCGACUCUCCAAAACUGCCACCAAAGAGAAUCACAUUCACUUUACCGGUCAUCAACUCGGCUUUGUACAAUCUUAUGGCAGUUUGCGAUGACCACACAGAGCAAUGUCAACGCUCCAUCGCUGAGAUCUUUAAGCACAACAACCUCGCCUUACCUUCUGCUCAUCUUACUGCUCGUGUCGAAACUAUGUGGUACCUUGACAAAGAAGUUGCAUCAUUGCUUUAGAGAGCCAAAGACAUCAAAAUGGGGUGUCCUUUAUAAAAUAAAACAAUAAUAAUCUCUCCAAGUCAUGCUUUGUGGACCUUGGUGGUGGAGUUUGCUUGCAUGUGUGCUAAAUAACCGGUUAAUAAUGCAUUUUGCGUAUUGAUUAUACGUACCAAAUGUAUUGAAACGCCGAUUUGUUGUUUAUGUCUAGUUAUGUAUCUUGUGUUUGAGUCACAGGCUAUGACCCCUGUUUUUAUGAUAAUAAUAAUAACUUCUUUCGAA